AUGCGAGUGGAUCUCACCAAGGCCGACCCGAAAAACAAGCGCCUCUAUCCACCCUUUCUUUCCUUGGAUAUUUUUGACAACACGGAGUAUGAUUGUCGCAAUCCACAAGAAUGGUUGAAUCUUGGAGUGGUGAAGGGUAAACAGAGACCAGUGCCUGGCAAGGCAUUAUUGUCGUUGACUGGAAAAGAUGUCGCCGAUCCUGACAGGUAUGAUCCGAUCACUAAAUGUGGCUGUAAUGAUAUCUUUUUAUAAACGCUAUAUAUGGUUUAGCCGCAGAUUCCUUAUGUAAUGCUGAACCGCAAGGUUGUAUGCUAUACUCCUCCUGUAGUAACACUGGAUCAAUAAGAGAUGAUCCUUACUGGACCUCUAGGCAGAACAGUUUAGAACUGAUAGAGCUAUACAGUAUAAAUAAAGUUAGUUCAGUUUAGAUUUCCUCCUGUAGUAACACUGAAUCAAUAAGAGAUGAUCCUUACUGGACCUCUAGGAAGAACAGUUUAGAACUGAUAGAGCUAUCCAGUAUAAAUAAAGUUAGUUUAGUUUAGGUUUCCUCCUGUAGUAACACUGGAUCAAUAAGAGAUGAACCUUACUGGACCUCUAGGAAGAACAGUUUAGAACUGAUAAAGCUAUCCAGUAUAAAUAAAGUUAGUUAAGUUUAUGUUUCCUCCUGUAGUAACACUGGAUCAAUAAGAGGUGAUCCUUACUGGACCUAUAGGGAGAACAGUUUAGAACUGAUAGAGCUAUCCAGUCUAAAUAAAGUUAGUUUAGUUUAGGUUUCCUCCUGUAGUAACACUGGAUCAAUAAGAGAUGAUCCUUACUGGACCUCUAGGAAGAACAGUUUAGAACUGAUAGAGCUAUCCAGUAUAAAUAAAAUUAGUUUAGUUUAGGUUUCCUCCCGUAGUAACACUGGAUCAAUAGGAGAUGAACCUUACUGGACCUCUAGGAAGAACAGUUUAGAACUGAUAGAGGAAUCCAGUAUAAAUAACAAUGCAUAAUGUUUUUCAGGUUUAAAUGGUUGGACGUUGGCGUCCUCAACUACAACCCACAAACCAAGCUGUACUUCGUCAGGGCAGUUGCUCCGGGUGGUAUACAACACAAUGUGAUCCCUAAGGGUACACAACUGAACGCUUAUAUCAAACGAGAUGACGAGAAAUCCAAAGCGAUCCCUCUUCCACCCUCGCUGACCACGGAGGGCUGUUGGAUACCACGCGUUCGUCUCAUGUUCUGCGCCGAAGAUCCCGUGAUUUUUGCAGACAGGGUUGCACAUGCGUACAACCUCAGACUUGAAACCGAGGCGCUCUUGAGAUAUCAUCUGUAUGUCGAUUGUAUGCCUGUGGACGGCGUGGCGGAGCUUGAAACAUGCUCGCUGGAUCGCAUGGUCGAGUGGGGAAGUGAAAAUAGCAUGUUAA